CGUCGUCCCAAGUUCCUCCCCACUACCACGACGUAUUCGGUCAAUGUGCAUACUUUUCCAAGUGUCCAGCUGCUCAUAUUGAGCUUUAGUGCAGCCCGGCCGUCGUCAAGAUGUCUGUGGAAUGCUCUCUACACCCUCUGGACCUCGUCGAACGCGCCGCAGACCUUGUGGGACCCUACGCUUUGCAGCACUCCCUUCCAGCAGGGGCCUUGCAUUUGAGUCUCAAGUCGAACGGGAUUACGUGCUCUGAACAUCUUCACCCUGACGUCUGGCAUCACUACCCCGGGAACGGGCACCUCGCAAGCCUCCUACAGGCGGAGGACGAGCAGUUCACACGACUGCUGGAUUUUCUCAUUACUCAUAAAUUCAUUGCCGCGACGUGUCGGAUUUGCGCGCCUUCUGGUUCCUCGAGGCUCUACAUCCGGGUUUAUUUGAUACCACAUGACCUCGCGAAUGUCGAAGGAAGACUUCGCCAGCGGGAUGAAACUGCGGUCCUUGCUCCGGCUCGCAAGUAUUUGCGGACUCUGCUGCUAAAGUUGUCCAGGAUUCAUUCCUUAUGGGAAGGGGAGAUGGAGGAGCAAGGGCCAUCGUCUAUGUUUUUUGACAAUACUGCAGACAACCGGACCCUUGCAGAGCUCUAUAAUACACUGCCAUCACCUGUGAUCCCUGAAGAUGAAUCAUCUGCCCAUCCGCAGGCCCGCGAGAUCCUGGGUGGCGCAGCCAUACGUGGCCUGAAGAGCUCGCUGUACGCAUAUCAGCGCCGGUCUGUGGCGGCAAUGAUCCAGCGCGAGCUUCAGCCAGGAGUCAUCCCAGAUCCACUGUACGUUCCAGUUUAUGGCCUAGACAACAGUGUUUGCUACAUUCAGCCAGCUACAAUGGAGCUAUUACGCGAAUGUCCGACCGUGGCUCAGACGCGCGGCGGCAUACUAUGUGAAGAACUUGGUACUGGGAAGACCGUCAUGUCGUUAGCGUUGAUUCUGGCGACACUUGAUCAGCUCCCUGCACCCGAAGAGUCCUAUCUGGAUCCUCGACCAGUUCUAACGCCACUGGCCCUUCGUCAUUUCCCGUCUCAGACAUACGCGGACGCCAGAGAGAAGUGCGCGAAGCGGUCGCCGGCGCGCCGGCGCCAGAAAAUCGACGCAGUAGACACACCACGCGUUCCAUCGCUCAUCGAGCACCUAUUACAUAUCUGCUCGACAGACCCACUGAGCACCGGUGUCCGCGAAUACGAGGACGUACUAAGGUUCUCGAGGCUCUGGAAGGCUUACAAGGCCAAUACGCCCUUCUACCACCACUACGAGGACGAGCCAAUCGAGACCCUUCGCACCAGUCGUAAAGCUCACGGGGAUAGCGGUCCCAGAAUCAUGUUCCUGUCCAGCGCGACGCUAGUCGUUGUGCCUCCGAACCUGCUCAACCAAUGGUUCAACGAGAUCAACAAGCACUGUGACUCGACGCUGAGGACGUACAUGAUGGUAGAUAACAAUAGCCUGCCUUCUGCGAAGAAGCUGGCGCUUUACGAUAUCAUUCUUAUGACGCACUCUCGUUUAUCCCAUGAAGCAAGUAAGAUGAACAGGCAUAAAUUGCAGAAACUCCACUCACUGAAAUCCUGUGAUUGCCAAACACGAGAGAACUGGCCUGUUCGAGUUCCUUACUGUCGGUGCAAACCGCCCGACGAUGUGUCACCACUCAUUCAGAUGCGAUGGAAGCGCCUGAUUGUCGAUGAGGGGAACAACCUAAGCGACACGACGACCGCUCUCGCGGCAUGUCUUGAACAACUUUCCGUUGAGAGCAAGUGGAUCGUCACUGGCACACCUACAACCAAUCUCAUGGGACUGCAUUUUGGAGCCGGAAGCGAGCUUAUGUACCCGGCGGACGACGAUGAAGAAGCGGAAAACGAGGAACUCGCAUCUGCAGACUACAGGCAGCGCGUCAUGGAGGCACAAGAGGGCCUGUCCGAUAGCGACUCAGGGAACUCCACCGAUCCAUCUUCUGCAUCACUCGAGCAUUCACCACAGGCCGCCCCAAGUUCCGCGCCGGCCGCCUUCGAUGGCAAGCCACCACAUACCUUCAUACGCGCCUGGAGCAAAAACGACCGGGGUGACUUAAACAAGCUCGGGGCGAUGAUCUCGUCUUUCCUCCGGAUUCCACGUUUCGCCGCGGAUGCGAAGCUGUUCUCGUCUUGCGUCGUCGCGCCGCUCAUGGACCCCGCGGGCGCCAGGCCCGGGGCAAUCCAGGUCCUAACACAGGUGAUGGCGAGCACGAUGAUUCGUCACCGCAUCGAGGACAUCGAGAAAGAGGUGCUGUUGCCGAUGCUGGACCAAGAGACGGUGCUCCUCGAUCUGGAGCCGAUGGGGGUGAAGACGUAUAACGUCCUGCAGGCGUCAAUCGCGAUCAACGCUGUGACGUCUGAGCGCGAGGGGGCGGACUGGAUUCUGCAUCCGAGAAAUGCUGCGGCUUUGCAGCAGACAAUAGAGAAUAUAUCUCAGGCGAUGUUCUGGCAUAUGGACGAGGACACGUUCAAGAUGGACGAAGAAAUCGCGAUGGGUCCGAAAUUUCUCGAGGUUGCCAAGGCACGUGGUAUCGUGUCAGAAGGCGACAUACGUUUGUUGGACGAGUCCCUACGGCGCCUCGAACGUACAGGAUCGGAUCCUGUCUGGCGCGCUCUCAUGCAACACCCUUACGUCUUCACGAGAGUGUACAACAUGCCUGCACCAAUCUACGACAAGUGGUCUAUCCUACCAGCGGACAUCGAUCAGAUCACCGACGUCCACAACACCACGCCGUUCAUGUUCAUGACUCCUGACCGGCUGCGCCCGCUCCGGAAUUACGUGCAGUCGAACCCGCUCGCACCAGUCAGUCGGCUACAGAGUCUGGGAGAGCAUCUCACCGAGCUCGAGAGUCGGAGGGUACAGUUCAACGCGUCGCGGGCGAAGGUCAACAAAGGGAUGAGGAAGCUGCGGGACUCGGACAAGAAGCAGAGGCCAACGACGCCGGUCGCGAGACAUGAGUCGGCGCUGCGGCUGCUCGAGGCGCAGCAGCGGUAUAAGGAGGAGUUCCACACAGUUUGGGACGAGCCGACAGGCACUGCAUUGCUGAGCGAGUCGCCGCUCGCGAGCGUACGUGUGGGCAAUUCGGCGUCGUCAAAGCUGAAUUACAUCCUGAACGAUGUUCGCUUGUACGCCGAGUUUUCGAAGUUCCUCAUCUUCUCCAAGUCGCCAUUGACGCUGCUAUACGUCGCCGAGGGCCUGAACCUGAUGGGGAUCCGAUACAAGCUGACGAGCCAGAAGCCAGUGAAGGAAGUCGAGCAGGACGUUCUGACGUUCGAGUCGUCAGACACAUAUCGUGUGUUUCUGAUGGAGCUCAAGCAUGGUGCGCGUGGCCUGAACAUUAUCACCGCGUCACGCAUCAUAUUCUGCGAGCCUGUGUGGCAGGCGGAUGUCGAGACGCAGGCUAUCAAGCGUGUACACCGUAUCGGGCAGACGAAACCCGUGUCCGUCAAGACUGUGGCCAUCCGAGGUACGGCCGAGGAGGCCAUGGUCUCUCGCCGCGAUGCGCUCAAGCGCGGGCUCGGAGCUGCAGGGGGAAAGCUGCCUAACAUUGCGGAGGACAAUGUGAUGCGAGAGUUUAUUGCCAAUCCGAAGUUCCUUCCCGAUCCGUCGCCGCCGAGUCUGGUCCUUGACUACCCGCUUCUACCGGAGGUACCCAUCCACGAUGACGCGCCGAGCUUGUCGACCAUAGAGCGCCCACACACACCUGAGCCCGUUGACCUUGUCGCUGAUGAGCCUGAACGGCCUGGCAGCGAGGAUAAGUCGCCGAAGUUGGUCAUCAAGAUCAGACCGAAGCGUGCUCGAGUGGAUGGCGAUGACAAUGAAAAUGAGGGCGAGUCUGGCCAUAAGAUGCGCAGGGCCCGUGUUGUACGUUUUGCUGACGAAGUGUAGAGCUUUACACCAAGAGCUCAAUAAAUCAUUCUCCGUAUUUAUCCUGUAGACUCGGAAGAUUUUUGACACAGUAUUCUUUGUCUUCGGUACGCCAAAAUGUCUGCUGGGGGAGGUUCCUGCGGUGCGUCGUGUCGACUAUCUUCGGAUUGACUCCUCCGUGUCCCUCCAUGUUCGCUGGUAUCUGAUCCUCAGGCUCACUACGUGGAGAUGUUUAACCUCAACUUUGGCCCUCUACAAUGAGAGGGAUUAUGGAU